CUGGGGACCGCGAGGGCUCGAGUCCUCCCACACCACUGCCGGGCUGCAGGUCCCGGGCUUUCCCCGCGCGGCUGCCGGCUCCGCUCAGAGAAACCGUCUCGGGUCCAGCGCCCACGUCCUCCGCGACCUCCUGACGCCACCUCAGGGCCUCAAGAGGACCGGGCUCCCGGGGCACCGCCAGCCACUAGGCGGAGGAACACCGGCAGUGGCGAGUGAUGGGGAUGCCAAGGACCGAGGCGCUACGGGCAGCCACUCACCGGCGAGCCGACGCCCAGACCAGCCCCUUUCGCCUCGCCCCGCCCCGCGCGCUCCGCCCCGCCUUCCUCGUCCUGGGCCCCCGACGCCCCGCCCCUCUCCGUGCGCCAGUGGCCACCUCGCCCUGCACCACCCGGUGGGCUCCUCGCAUUGGCCGAGUUCCCCCGGCCACUCCUCCUCCCAGACUGAGGCCGCUUAUUGGACGCGGCGGCCAUGGCCAAUCGGAGCCGCUCUUGCUGCGACGCGGUGGCCGGAAGCGGAGCGAGGUCGGAGCUGGGUCGGUGCUUGGUCUGUGCCAAAGCCGUUGCGGGGCCGCGUGGAGCGCGUGAGGCUCUCCGGUCCAGGGCGCGGCAUGGGCGUCCUGGCCGCAGCGGCGCGCUGCCUGGUCCGGGGUGCGGACCGGAUGAGCAAGUGGACGAGCAAGCGGGGCCCGCGGAGCUUCAGGGGCCGCAAGGGCCGGGGCGCCAAGUACACCGGCUUUCUCACCGCCGGCUGGAGGUUCGUGCAGAUCAAGGAGAUGGUCCCGGAGUUCGUCGUCCCGGAUCUGACCGGCUUCAAGCUCAAGCCCUACGUGAACUACCGCGCGCCUGCAGGCGAGGAGACGCCCCUGACGGCCGCGCAGCUCUUCAGCGAAGCCGUGGCGCCUGCCAUCGAAAAGGACUUCAAAGACGGUACCUUUGACCCUGACAACCUUGAAAAGUACGGCUUCGAGCCUACACAGGAGGGCAAGCUUUUCCAGCUUUACCCUAGGAACUUCCUGCGCUAGCCGGGGGGUGGGGGCUGCGAGCUGGAGGCAUUCCCGGGGAGGGGCGGCCUGCCCUCAUCUCAUUUCUAUUAAAGGCCUUUGCCAGCUCUGCGGUGUUUGUUUUUUGACCUCAGGUCAUGGCAAAGUGUGCAACAGGACAGAUUUCAGUGCAGAGACCUAGGCAGUGUUCUCAUGCAGACUCUGCGCAGUGUGAACCUCUUUGGAAAUCAUCUUCCCAGCCAGAAGGUUCUGGGAACCUGCCAAGGGCAAGACCACAUUACUCAGCUUGCAGGAGAAAGAAUUUACAAGGCAGAUUGUGCCGGAUGACAACCCUGGUGUCAGUUCACCCAGGGAACAAAGAUCUAGAGAUGGGGUCUCACUGUGCUGCCCAGACUGGUCUUGAAUUCAUGGGGUUAAGUGAUCCACCGCCUCCGCCUCCCACAAUUCUGGGAUUACAGGUGUGAGCCACUGCGCGCGGCCUAGGAAGAUUUGUCACAAUAUUACAUUAGCAAGUUGUGUUGUAUCAUCAGAAAAUAAGAAAUAAAGGGAUAAAAGUGCCUGCA